AUGUCGAACGGAUCCACUUCUGCCGCCGCUGCCUCUGCCGCGUCCACGAUGGACAUUAACGACACUGCUGCCAUUCGAGCCACGCACUAUGCGCACUUUGAGCCUGGGAUGCACCGGAUGAACCACGGCUCGUUCGGCGCCCCGCCAAAGUGUGUCAUCGAUGCUCAGCUCGAGGGGUACAUGCGCUUCCUGGCCCAGCCCGACCGCAUGUACUUUGAUGAGCUCAUUGAAGGCCAAGGUCUUGACGCCGUGUGCACCGAUAUCGCGCGCUUGAUCAACUACCCAAACCACAAGGCAAUCACGCUGGUGGAGAACGCGACGACUGCGGCAGUGAUUGUCGCCGAAUCCAUCGCUCGCAAGUUCACCGCCGGCGUGUAUGCCCGAGGCGACGCCAUUCUGCUCUUCGAUACGACGUACAACGCCGUCAAGAACAUCUUCAUUGAUAUCGUGGAGCGCGUGGGCGGUCGCUUGGUCAUUCAGCCCAAUCCAUUCCCGAUUGCGAGCGACGACGAUCUUCUCCGCGCCCUGGACGCCGGUCUGGAUGCGUGUGGCUCGAGCAAGGUGCGUCUGGUGGCUCUCGACCACAUUACGUCCGUUCCCGCGUAUUUGGUCCCGGUCACGACAAUGAUUGCGCGCUGCCGUGCUCGCGGUGUCGACCAGAUUUUCGUCGACGGUGCGCAUGCCGUCGGCAACUGUCCCUCGCUGGAUUUGGAGGCCAUGGAUGCUGAUUUCUAUUGCUCCAACCUGCACAAGUGGAUGUUUGCACCACCUGGCGCAGCCUUCUUUUUUGCCAAGCCUUCGCUGCAAGCGUCGCUCCACCACCCCAUCGUUUCACACAACUACAAGCUUGGGCUUCCCCGGGAGAGCAGCUGGACGGGUACGCGCGACUACAGCGCGUAUUUGGCAGUGGCUCGCGCGAUUCAGUUCUACCUGUCGUGGAAUAAAGACGUGGAGAACGCAACGCAGUCUCCGUUCGCCAACAUGGCCAUCUAUCGACGGAAUAACGCGAUGGCAGUGCGUGCUGCCCAAAUGCUGGCAGCUGCGUUUGGAACCCAGCUGCCCACCCCGAUCUCCAUGAUGACGAGCUUGGCGAUGGUCGAACUGCCACCUGCGCUGGGAUUGCUCGACAAUGCAGCUGCUCACCGCUUGCGUUGCGACCUUCGCGACCGGCACAAGAUUGAGCUUAUUGUCUGGGUCAACGAGGCUGCUACGCCGCGUCGCUCCUUUAUUCGACUGAGUGCUCAAAUCUACAACGACUGGGCAGAGUAUGAGCUUCUUCGUGAUGUUGUUCUUGGCCUGAUUGCCAAGUGA